AUGGACAGAACAGAAGUACAAACAAAUGGCGACAGUCUCUACACACUACUGGAAAUAUCCAAAACAGCAAGUAAUGAAGAAGUAAGAAUGGCAUAUAAAAAAGCAGCAAAGAAGACCCAUCCAGAUGCACAUUUUUCAGUCCCAGGGAAAUUUGAGGAAGUAAACAUGGCGUACAGCAUACUGGCAAACAAGAAGCAGAGGAUCCUUUAUAAUAUGUUCGGUGAUAAUAUCCUGCCACUAUUAACAGAGAAGAGGUACUCUGAUUAUAUAGACUUAAUCAUAACAAAGCGGUUCAUGAGCGUAUUUAUAGUGUCCCUUACACUGCUCUUAUUAUGCACUGUAUUCUAUCCGUAUAUGAUCCUACUAGCGGGUGUACACGUACUCCCCUACUUCACACUGACACUUAUCCCGCACGUACUGCUGUAUACGCUUAUUAUAAGCAUAGUGUACACAGUGUGCUCACCAGAUGUAAAGCACAGGGUAAUCAGUCACACAGUGGUUACUGCACUCAUUCUAGUGCAGUGCGUGGUUAGUGCCCUGUAUAUAGAUGGACUAAUCAGUACGCAGUGUAUUAUAUAUACGGGUGCAUGCACAGAGGCAGGGUACAUCGCAUCAGAAGUAUUGAAGACCUAUCAGUACAUGAGCAUAAACUCGUGGUUAUUUAUAUGUAGAAGGACGUGUGAUAGCGUACUGUCACUGCUUUAUAUCCUGUGUGUCAUGAACCGUGUGGCUAUAUCUGGGCUGCUACUUACGGGCACGUCACCGUAUCUACGGAUAGUGCCUGUUUCAGCGUACGCCCUGGUAUUCCUUAUGAAGUACAAGUACAGUGCAGUGUCUGCUGUACUGGUCAGUGGGGGUGUCUGUGUAUGCGGUGCCCUGAUCGUGUUCCUUAGCCAUGGGGAGAUAGGCGUGAUUGGGUGGUCGGUCGUACUGGGGAUGUUCUGUGUUUCUGUGGUACUGGCUGGGUAUCUUAUGUAUAAGAUAUUCAAUCUUAUAGGGAAGGCUGCGUGGAGCAGUAUUACCGUGCUGGAGAAGUAUCGGAUAGAGAGGGUGCCACUGCGUGUGUAGGGUGUGCGUGUAUGUAUUUAUGGAUUAAAAAUGCGAACUAUGGGAUUCGAACCCAUGGCCUUUAGAUUAUGAGACUAACGCGCUACCGACUGCGCCAAGCUCGCACACACUUAGAGAACAACAAUCACACAAGGAGUGCAUUAGCUAUUAAAGCAUAUAUAC